ACUGCAUGCAUCAGCCCCAAAUCUCCCUCACACUCUCUUAACAACUGAACUGUAUAACUCGAACGGUCGACGGGGGUUGUUGGAGCGAGAGCGGACAGAACUGAAUUCCAAUUGAGUCUGAACGUUGACCCUCCUAGUUAUUUGCUUUAUAUUGUUUUGCAUUUUUGUUGCAGUCAAUAUGUCUUUGCUGAAGGUGAUAUCGAGACGAACAUUUCUCCAAGCCAAAAAUGUCUUACCAUCAUUGGCUUGUGGAAUGAGGAAUGUCUCGGAUUCAACAAAUUUGAAGGAUGUGAUGGCUGACUUGGUGCCCAUUAAGCAGAAGGAAGUGCAAGCAUUUCGUAAGAGUCAUGGGACUAAGGUGAUCGGUGAAGUCAUGGUGGAUCAGCUCUAUGGAGGUAUGCGUGGUAUCAAAGGUUUAGUCACAGAAACAUCAGUGUUGGAUGCAGAAGAAGGAAUUCGUUUCCGUGGGCAUACCAUUCCAGACUGCCAAGAAAAGUUGCCUAAAGCUCCAGGAGGUAGUGAGCCACUCCCUGAAGGAUUAUUCUGGCUGUUAAUGACGGGAGAGCUUCCAACUCAACAACAGACUGAUGCAGUGUCCAAGGAGUGGGCUGCUCGUGGGGCUGUUCCUUCUCAUGUAGCUCAGAUGCUGAACAACUUCCCAUCAUCCUUACAUCCUAUGUCACAAUUCAGUGCAGCUAUUACUGCAAUGAACAGUGAUAGUAAGUUUGCACAGGCCUAUACCGAUGGUGUCAACAAAGCAUCUUACUGGGAGUAUGCAUAUGAAGAUGCUAUGGAUUUGUGUGCCAAGCUGACUACCGUUGCUGCCACUAUCUACCGUAAUCUCUACAGAGAAGGAACCAGUGUAUGUCCCAUUGAUGUCAAUCUUGACUGGUCAGGAAACUUUGCUGCAAUGCUGGGUUAUGACGAUGAAAUGUUUAAAGAACUCAUGAGACUCUACCUUACCAUUCACAGUGACCAUGAGGGAGGGAAUGUUAGUGCACAUACAGUCCAUCUGGUAGGCAGUGCUCUAUCGGACCCCUACCUCAGCUUGGCUGCCGGAAUGAAUGGUCUCGCAGGACCAUUGCAUGGAUUAGCAAACCAGGAAGUAUUAGUGUGGAUAACCAAGCUUCAAGAACAAUUAGGAGGUGAAGUAUCUGAUGCACAGUUGAAGGAAUUCAUCUGGAAUACCCUGCAAUCUGGACAGGUUGUACCCGGCUAUGGACAUGCUGUAUUGAGGAAGACUGAUCCAAGAUAUACUUGUCAGCGUCAGUUUGCAUUGGAACACCUGCCAGACGACCCCCUCUUUAAGUUAGUAUCUCAGAUAUAUAAGGUGGUUCCUGACACCUUGUUGGAGCAUGGGAAAGCUAAGAAUCCAUGGCCUAAUGUGGAUGCACACAGUGGUGUACUCUUGCAGUAUUAUGGCAUGACCGAGAUGAAUUACUACACAGUGUUGUUUGGAGUAUCUAGAGCACUAGGGACUUUGUCAUCUCUGGUGUGGGAUAGAGCACUUGGUCUGCCCCUCGAACGUCCUAAAUCAAUGAGCACCGAGGGAUUGAUGAAGCUUACAGGAGCCAAGUAAUUGUAUACAAUCUUUGGUUCUUCUCAAAUACACACACUUAUUAGUUAUAGGUGAUCACUACAAAGAUUGUCAUGUCAUUUUCGAUGUUGAUUUUAUUGAUUGCUGUGAAUGGUUUCAACUAUUCAAAACUCAAAAGUAAAUGUACAUUGUUUUGGAUGUUACUACUAUUACUACCUUGUUUACUAUUCAAUAGAUUUUGUAUAUAAGAAGUUUCCAAACAUUUGAAGAACUUUAUACCAAGAUGGGCGAGUAUCAUAAUAAUUUUUUAAUAUCGACUUAAAGUGAAAAUAUGUCUGAAUUAUUUUCCAGAAGUAAGUUAUGACUCGCAUGCUAGUAGGUACAGCUCUGAGACAGUUAUAACUGUCAUUGCAUACAGAAUGAUCACUUUGCUAAUGUAGGCUGGUUAUUGUUUUGUUUCACAUGUUCUUUCAAUGUUUUGGGAAACUUUUUAUUCAAACAGGAUUUAUAUAUAUAUAUUAAUGCAUACAUGUUUACAAUUUAUGUGAAAAUACAUGUAGGCAUAAAUUUACAGCUACCCAUAACCCAGUUCAAUUUUGAAGAAUGUAGUGUUUUUUGUGGUUCCUUUUUAUUAUAACAUAUAAGAUAUGUUGGACCCAAGAUUACCUCAUUGUCAUUGCUCAAGAAUACUACACUCAUUAAGAAUGUCAAAUGAUUGAUUGCACGACUUUAUACAAUUGAUUUGUUUGAUGCUCAUGUUACAAACAGCAUUUCUUAUUGACAUGUAUAUUAGAUCUUUAUCCUUCUACUCCAGUUUUGGUUAUGCUCCUUUUUGCAAUAGCGAUACUAAACAUUGAUUCUCCACCAAAAGGGUCCUGACUGACUGCUUUUUCUUCCAAGCUUUAGUUUAGUUACAGCGGUUCUAAUGUAAUGUAGAGAACAGACAAAUUCUCUCAUUAUACAGGUCUGUAGCAGGCCAUUGACCUCCACAUCAAUAAAAGAGUACUCUUCAACAUUUGCAAGCAUACUGUUGAUUACAUGCAGUAUUUUUUGUUAAUAAUAAGCCCGAGUAGAAUGCAAAGAAAUAUAGUGAUUUUGUGCCCAAUAUGGGCCGCAGACGCGCUAUAUUUUCCAUUUCACAAGUGCGUGUGAGAAUAAGUUUAUCUUCAAGGAAGCUACACGCAGUUGCAAUAAGUGAUGGAACUGCUUUUGAACGGCUGUACAUUUUCUUAGCUUAAAAUAGCGCAAUACAAUGAGUUAGAGCAGCGCAGUAUGCAGGUUGUGAUAUGGGACGAGUGAUGUAGGUUUAUAUCACACCUUUUCUUGCCAUGGGUUGACCAAUCAAGCUUGAGGAUUCAAUAUUGCUUGAAGAUAAUACUUGUUAGUGGAAUACUGCAUUUAUCUUAAGGUUAUAGGGUGCUGGUGCAGUUACACACAAUACAACACUGAACUCAAAUUAAACACAUUUAAUUAUGUCAUAUUAUGUGUUCAUCUAAAAUGGAAAUAUGAGGAGAGCAUGUAUUUGGUGGAAUCAAUGGGUGCGUUUGAUUAGCUUCCCUUGGUCUGCGUUUGAAUAGCUUUGACAUCAUUCCAGGGGCUCACCCGGGUCAGCUUGUAGAGUAGGUCACUUGGGGCUGGCCUGAGGUGUAAUGAUGUCACCACAAGAUGGUGGUGAUCGUUCGAUUAGCUCUUGUCAGGGGCUCACCUGAGUGAGCACAGGGUUUGACAAAGGAAAGCUAAUCAAAUGCACCCUAUACGGUGGAAUCAAUGUAACAAGGUAUAACAAUAGCUUGAUUUAUAUUUUGUCAGAUGAACAUUCUCUAAAUAGUUGAGGCUCAAGAUAACCCUCCUACUAUCUGUACCAUGUAACUGGUUGUGAGAUAUUUCUGCAGCUUAUAAGGAGAUAGUUUUCAUUUACAUGUACUGCAAAACUUAAUAUUCCACCAUGCGAAGUUUGAAAUCCUACAUAAAGCCUGUCAUUUAAAACUGCACUAGACUGCAUCUUUAACUAACACUUGAAAUCAUAUUGCUCAAUAGAAUGUGCAAGUCUCAUGUGAUAAAGUUUAAUUUUCAUCACACAUUACACGUACAUAUUAUAGCUCUGACAUGGGAACCUUAUUUGCAAACAUUAUAAAAAAACAUAUUUAAAACACUUUAUCACAAGUAUAACCCUGACAUAAUUGCUAAAGGAAAAAUGCUAUGAUGAGUAUUAAAUUUGAUGGGUGAAUAAAGUGGUUCACAUUGUAUUGAGUGAUGGUAUUCUGCUGUUGAUUUUGUGGUAAUUAUCGGUUGAUAAUUAUUACUAGGGCAAGUUCGAGUGGGCACAUUUAGUCAACCCGUGCUUGGCUACUGACCAGCAACGUACAUGCGCAGUGACACACUCACUCGAACAAAUCAUUUGGAAGUCAAGUCAACCUUUCGCAUUUUUCGCUAUAGUGUCACUGGUUCCCCUCUGCGCUUUACACAUGUUAGAAUGGAACAUGCUGUUGGGACCAGUGAAGAAACCAUGGGCUUGAGGUUGGUUCCAAGUGGUCGACCAGAGUAGUCAACCAAUGGUCAACCAGCCUGGGUUCGAGUGCAAGUGGUCAAACUAUAGUUAACCAUUGUGCACUCUCGAACUUGCUCUUAUAGUCUACAUAAUAGAUUCUGUUAUAAUGAUUUGGCUAUUAUAAGAUCAUUAUUAGUAGCAUGGUUGGACUGCACGCAUGUCACACGCGGCGACUGUGCCACGCUCGCCAUUUUGAUGGUCAAUUGGCUUACAGUGUACUGGUAAACACUGCGUCGCCUAAAAUGCGCACUUCACUAAAUAACGCGCAGAGACAUUGACAACCAAAAUGGCGCAUCCAAGAUUUAUCUGACGAUGACCUCAGAUGAAUUGGGUCAAUAAUGCUGUAAUAUCAUUCAAAUUGAAGUAAUGAUUGUUACAUCAAAAACAUUGAUAUGAUAUGCCUGUGUUGCAGAUGAGAGAUCUAAAGUUUGAUAGGCUGAUGUUGGUAUUUGUUAUAUUCGUCAUUAUUCAGAUAAAACACUAAAGCUUAUUAUUGUGUAUUUGCUUUAAUCUGUAUACACAUUGCUGACUGCCAUAGCAACUAACUAUGCAUAAUUCUUUAUUUGGGGUUGCUGGGGGAGUUUCUUUGUUUGUUUGUUCAGGUUUGUUUGGGUGGUUUUGUUUUUUCGAGGGGGGGGGGGGCCUUCUUUUGUAAACCCUGUUAUUAAUGUGUAUGUAAUCUUAGGUGAACAACGGCCAAUAUUAAACAAACAAAUUAAUCAAGUAGUAGUAGUCCAUGUAGUCUGGUUAAUUGCUAAAUAGUUCAAACUUUUAAUUUGUGAUUAUUCUAUUGAUUGCCUAUUUUGGUCCAUAUAAAACUUUGAAUGCAAAUUUCA